AUGCUUGUCACGCUGUCACCAACAACUCUCUCCUUCGUAUUUCUCACGCUGGGCUACUUUCUGAUCCGUUAUCUGAACUCGACCGACCAGCCCAAGAUCAAAGGCCUCCCUGAAAUCCCAGGCGUGCCACUGUUUGGAAAUCUGCUCCAACUGGGCCAGGACCAUGCACGUGUCACCGCUCGAUGGGCAAAGGAAUAUGGCUGGCCGGUCUUCCAGACCCGCUUGGGCAACCGCCGCAUCAUCUGGGCCAACACAUUCGAAUCGGUCAAGCACUUUUGGAUCACCAACCAGUCGGCUCUGAUCUCCAGACCGACGCUGUACACCUUCCACAACGUCGUUUCAAGCAGCCAGGGCUUCACGAUUGGAACCUCGCCUUGGGAUGAGUCCUGCAAGAGACGGCGCAAGGUGGCAGCCACGGCACUGAACAAGCCCGCGGUGCAGAGCUACAUGCCAUUUAUCGAUUUAGAGAGCUGCGUCGCCAUCAAGGACAUGUACAAGGAUUCGAUGAACGGAACGCUCGAUUUGGAUCCGAGAAAGUACUUCCAUCGGUUUGCCCUCAACACUAGUUUGACGUUGAACUAUGGCAUCCGGAUUGACGGAGGGAUUGAUCAAGAACUGCUCAGAGAGGUGGUUCACGUCGAACGAGUGGUCUCGAACUUCCGUAGUACAUCUAAUAACUGGCAAGACUACAUUCCUCUGCUCCGACUGCCGUUCAUCUCUCGCCAGAACAAAUCAGCUGCAGAGUACCGAGAGCGUCGGGAUAAGUAUCUCACCACCUUCUUGAACAUGCUCAAGGAGCGAAUUGCAAAUGGUACCGACAGGCCUUGCAUUACUGGAAACAUCAUCAAGGACCCUGAAGAAACACUCAAUGAAGCCGAACUCAAGUCCAUCUGCUUGACCAUGGUGUCGGCCGGCAUUGAUACCGUUCCUGGCAACAUGAUCAUGGGUCUUGGAUAUCUCGCCUCUCCAGAGGGUCAACAUAUCCAGAAAAAGGCUUAUGAGGAGAUUAUGAAAGUCUAUCCAGAAGACGGCGAGGCGUGGGAGAAAUGCCUGCUUGAGGAAAAGGUCCCGUACAUCACGGCCUUGACAAAGGAAAUUCUCCGGUACUUCACCGUCAUCCCCGUCUGCCUGCCCAGAACCAGCAUCAAGGACAUCAAAUACAAUGACGUGACCAUUCCCGCCGGUAGCGUCUUCUACAUGAACGCUUGGGCCGCCGACUACGACGAGACACACUUCAAGGACCCCGCCAAAUUCAUACCGGAACGGUAUCUCAACGACCAAGAGGGCAGCGGGACCCCCCAUUACGGCUACGGCGCGGGCAGCAGAAUGUGCGUGGGCUCGCACUUGGCGAACCGCGAGAUCUACACGGCCUUCCUGCGCAUGAUUGUGGCAUUUGAGUUUGUUCCCGCCAGGGAUUCCAAGGACUGGCCCGUCCUCGACGCCAUCGAGUGUAACAGCAUCCCGACCGCGCUGACGACAGAGCCAAAACCUUUCAAGGUCGGUUUCCGGGUGCGCAAUAAAGAGGCGCUGGAGCGAUGGAUCCGCGCGAGUGAUGAUCGGACCAAGGACCUCUAA